AAAUAAACGUAUAAGUUAAAAAAUAACAUACGUAUUGAUGUACACAAUAUUUAUUUCGCCUCGAUAUUUUGUUAAGUAAUUAUUACUAAUGUUAUAAUAUAUCAGUUAUUAAUAAUUGUUUUAGUAUGAUGAUAUGUGUUUGAUUAAAUGAUAACAAUUUUGUUUUGUGUUUGUAUAUGAGUUCGUGCCCAUAAUGUCUCAAGAAAAAUUAUUGGAGAAACCUCUACAACAAUUCGUUGUGCAAGCUCAAAAAGUUAAAGGCGACGAGCUUAUCGAAGUCAUCAAACAGGCCUUAGAUUGUGUCGAUACAUUUGUGUUUGCUGAGCUCUUAGAUUGUCCAAAUGUUGUUGAGCUAGAAAAUACUUCUUAUGCUCCUUACCUGCAUGUGUUGCGCAUAUUUUCUCAUGGUACAUAUUUAGAUUAUUUGAAUGAUAAGGAGUCAUUACCAGAACUUAGUACAUCACAAAUUAAAAAACUCAAGUACUUAACAAUUGUUACAUUAGCAAAUAAAAUGAAACGAAUACCUUACGAUGUACUUUUGAAAGAAUUGAACGUUAAUAACGUUAGAGAUCUUGAAGACCUAAUUAUAGAAGCUAUUUAUUCUGAUGUAGUAGCAGGUGAACUAGACCAACAAAGUGGUUAUCUCGAAGUAGAUUGGACAGUUGGGAGAGACGUAGCACCCAAUGAUAUAGAUACUAUGAUAGAUACUUUACAACAGUGGUGUGAUUCAUGUGAAAGUGUAUUAUCCACAGUACAAGCUCGGAUCAUUGACGCCAAUAGAACGAAACAGGAUGUUUUGAAGCACAGAGCUUCAAUAGAAAAUGAAUUGUCAAAUGUAAAAAAAGCAAUAAGAGCACAAAUACAGGAUGAAGAAAUGUCAGUUGACACAAGUGGUCCGCCUAAAAAAUCUGGCAAAGGAACAAGGUCAAGUGGAAAUAAAUUUUGGAAUAAGUAAAUAAAGUAUAAAUUAAUUUUUUUAAUUAUAAAUUAUAUCUAUAUUUUUGUGUACAAUGAUAUGUAUAAAGUAACUAAUAAACCUAUAUUUAUUAACUA